AUGGCGACCAACGACAACAACAACGCCGACGCUGUCGCCGCCGCCAAGCCGCACCAGCUGGCGCCGGCGCUCGACUACCACGCACAACAGCCCGGCCCGGCCGCAGGCCAGAUUGACGCACGGCAGGAUGUCGAGAAGCCAGCACCAGUCGACGACACGGACGAGGAUGAGCGCAACGAUGACAUCGCGCCGCUCACCCGGCGCGACACCAACGCCAUGAUCGCUGACAAUGACCGCGACGAGAUUCUGCGCAUCGCGAGCCAAAUCAGCCGGCGCCGGUCCAGCGUCGCCAGCCUGCCGCAGGUGCCCUCGCACGGCGCCGUGGGCCUAGACUCGGACGACCCCCGGCUCGACCCGCAGAGCGACAGCUUCGAUCUCGGCAAGUGGGUGCGCAGCUUCGUCGGGCAGGUGCGGCGUGAGAACCGCGCCGGCCCCAAUACGGGCGUCUCGUGGCGCAACCUCGACGUGUUUGGCUCGGGCGACGCCAUCCAGAUCCAAAAGACGGUCGGCUCGCUGCUGAUGGCGCCGCUGCGUCUCGGCGAGUUCUUCAGCUUCGGCAAGAAGGAACACAAACAGAUCCUGCACGGCUUCCACGGCAUCCUUAAGCCGGGCGAGCUACUGGUAGUGCUCGGGCGGCCCGGCUCGGGUUGCAGCACCAUGCUCAAGUCCAUCUGUGGCGAGCUCUACGGGCUCGAGCUCGGCGCCGGCACCGAGAUCCACUACAACGGCAUCCCGCAGAAGCAGAUGAUGGCCGAGUUCAAGGGCGAGACGUCGUACAACCAAGAGGUCGACAAGCACUUCCCCAACCUCACCGUCGGGCAGACGCUCGAGUUCGCCGCAACGGUGCGCACGCCGCAGGAGCGCAUCCAGGGCAUGUCGCGCGUCGAGUACGCCCGGUACAUGGCCAAGGUGGUCAUGGCCGCGUUCGGCCUGAGCCACACGUACAACACCAAGGUCGGCGACGACUACAUCCGCGGCGUGUCGGGCGGCGAGCGCAAGCGCGUCAGCAUCGCCGAGAUGCUGCUCGCCGGGUCGCCCAUCAGCGCGUGGGACAAUAGCACGCGCGGCCUCGACUCGGCCACGGCGUUCAAGUUUGUGCAGAGCCUGCGCAUGGUGACGGAGAUUGGCGACGGCGUGUGCGCCGUGGCCAUCUACCAGGCCAGCCAGGCCAUCUACGACCUCUUCGACAAGGCCACGGUGCUCUACGAGGGCCGCCAGAUCUACUUUGGCCCCGCGGACCAGGCCCGGCGCUACUUUGAGGCCCAGGGCUGGUUCUGCCCCGCGCGCCAGACCACCGGCGACUUCCUCACCUCCAUCACCAACCCGGGCGAGCGCCGCACCCGCGACGGCUUCGAGGGCAAGGUCCCCCGCACCCCCGAGGACUUUGAGCGCGCCUGGCGCCAGUCGCCCGAGUACCGCGCCCUCCUCGCCGAGAUUGACGCCCACGACAAGGAGUUUAGCGGCCCCAACCAGGAGAGCAGCGUGGCCCAGCUGCGCGAGCGCAAGAACGCCAUGCAGGCCCGCCACGUCCGGCCCAAGUCGCCGUACCUCAUCAGCACAUGGAUGCAGAUCAAGGCCAACACCAAGCGCGCCUACCAGCGCAUCUGGGGUGACAUCUCCGCCUUGGCUGCUCAGGUCGCCAGUAACGUCUUCAUCGCCCUUAUCGUCGGUAGUGCCUUUUACGGGAACCCCGACACCACGGAUGGUUUCUUUGCACGCGGCUCUGUUCUCUUCAUUGCUAUUCUCAUGAAUGCCCUCACUGCAAUUUCCGAAAUCAACAGCCUCUACUCCCAGCGCCCCAUUGUCGAAAAACAGGCCUCGUACGCCUUCUAUCAUCCAGCCACCGAGGCCAUGGCUGGAAUCUUGUCUGAUAUACCCAUCAAGUUUGUCACCGCUGUCGUCUUCAACAUCAUCCUGUAUUUCAUGAGUGGUCUUCGCCGCGAGCCUGGCCAGUUUUUCUUGUUCUUCCUCAUCACAUUCAUCAUCACGUUUGUCAUGAGCGCAGUCUUUAGGACGCUGGCCGCCUCGACCAAGACAGUCUCACAAGCCAUGGGCUUGUCUGGUGUCAUGGUUCUGAUUCUCGUUAUUUACACCGGAUUUGUCAUUCCCCAGCCAGCCAUGCACCCGUGGUUCGCCUGGCUCCGAUGGAUCAAUCCCAUCUUUUACGCCUUUGAGAUCCUCGUUGCCAAUGAAUUUCAUGGACAAAAUUUCGCCUGUGGCCCCAGCUCUUUCGUUCCGCCGUACCAACCCCACGUCGGCACUUCCUUCGUUUGUGCCGUCACUGGUGCCGUCAAGGGCUCCGAAACGGUUAGUGGUGACGCCUUCAUCGCCGGAAGCUACCAGUACUACUACUCCCAUGUGUGGCGGAACUUUGGAAUCCUCAUCGCUUUCUUGAUCGCCUUCAUGAUCAUGUACUUUAUCGUUACCGAACUUAACUCGUCUACUACCAGCACUGCCGAGGCUCUCGUCUUCCAGCGAGGCCACGUUCCUGACUAUCUCCUGAAGGGCGGCCAGAAGCCCGUGGAAACAGAAAAGGAAAAGGGAGAGAAAGCCGACGAGGUUCCACUACCCCCCCAGACUGAUGUUUUCACCUGGCGCGAUGUUGUGUAUGAUAUCCCCUACAAGGGAGGAGAAAGAAGGCUUUUGGAUCAUGUUUCUGGAUGGGUCAAGCCUGGUACUCUAACUGCUCUCAUGGGUGUGUCCGGUGCCGGUAAAACGACUCUUCUGGAUGUCUUGGCUCAGAGAACUACUAUGGGUGUGAUUACUGGCGACAUGCUCGUCAGUGGAACGCCUCUUGAUGCCAGUUUCCAGCGCAACACCGGUUAUGUCCAGCAACAAGAUCUCCAUCUCGAAACGGCCACUGUCCGCGAAAGUCUCCGAUUCAGCGCCAUGCUUCGCCAGCCCAAGACCGUCAGCAAGGAGGAAAAGUACGCCUUUGUCGAAGAAGUCAUCAAGAUGCUCAACAUGGAGGAAUUCGCCAACGCCGUUGUCGGUGUCCCUGGUGAAGGCCUCAACGUUGAGCAGCGCAAGCUCCUGACGAUUGGUGUUGAGCUCGCUGCCAAGCCCAAGCUGCUCCUCUUCCUCGACGAGCCCACCAGUGGUCUCGACUCGCAAUCGUCCUGGUCCAUCUGCGCUUUCCUUCGCAAGCUGGCCGACUCGGGCCAGGCUAUUCUCUGCACCGUCCACCAGCCGUCUGCCAUUCUCUUCCAGGAGUUUGAUCGCCUCUUGUUCUUGGCCAAGGGCGGCAAGACGGUCUACUUUGGCCAGAUUGGCGACAAUUCGCGAACGCUUCUUGAUUAUUUCGAGGCGCACGGCGCCCGCAAGUGUGACGAUGAGGAAAACCCUGCCGAGUACAUGCUCGAGGUGGUCAACAACGGAUACAACGACAAGGGCAAAGACUGGCAAUCGGUCUGGAACGAGAGCCAGGAGAGUGUCGCGGUCCAGACGGAACUCGGUCGUAUUCAAUCAGUGGCCCGCCCCUCGGAGUCGUCGCCCGAUGCCGCUCAGCGAACUGAAUUUGCCAUGCCGUUGACUACUCAGCUCCGCGAGGUCACCUACCGCGUGUUCCAGCAGUACUGGCGCAUGCCUAGCUACAUCAUUGCCAAGGUUGCUCUCAGCGUUGCGGCAGGUCUCUUUAUUGGUUUCACAUUCUUCGAUGCCAAGUCCAGUCUUGGUGGUAUGCAGAUUGUCAUGUUUUCCGUCUUCAUGAUCACCAACAUCUUUCCCACUCUCGUCCAGCAAAUCCAGCCGCUCUUCAUCACGCAGCGAUCACUGUACGAGGUCCGCGAGCGACCAAGUAAAGCGUACUCAUGGACUGCCUUUGUUCUAGCCAACAUUGUUGUCGAGAUUCCUUACCAAAUCGUGGCUGCCAUUUUGAUCUGGGCGUGCUUCUACUACCCAGUUGUCGGUAUCCAAACAUCUGAUCGCCAGGGUCUGGUCCUGCUCUUUGUCAUCCAGCUGUUCUUGUACGCCUCGUCAUUUGCGCACAUGACCAUUGUCGCCAUGCCCGAUGCGCAGACGGCGUCGAGCAUUGUCACGGUCCUGGUGCUGAUGAGCAUUCUGUUCAACGGUGUCCUGCAGUCUCCCAAUGCUCUGCCCGGAUUCUGGAUCUUCAUGUACCGCGCCAGUCCGUUUACAUACUGGAUUGCAGGCAUCGUAUCAACCAUGCUACACGGGCGCGAGGUCGUAUGCGCCGAGUCGGAGACGCAAAUCUUUGACACUCAGAAUGGCGAAACCUGCGGUGCGUAUCUUGCCCCCCUGGCAGGACAGCUCGCCGGUACUCUGCAAAACCCCGAGGCUACUUCGGACUGCAGAUACUGCUCGUACAGGGUUGCCGAUCAGUUCCUCGCGGGUUCUCGCAUCUACUGGGGCGAGCGAUGGCGCAACUUUGGCAUCAUGUGGGUGUACAUUGUCUUCAAUAUCGCCAUGGCCAUUCUCUUCUACUACAUGUUCAGAGUACGCAAGGGAGGGUUUGGUCUGGGCAAUCUCUUUGCCAGAAAAAAGGCAGCCAAGCCGGAGAAGGAGGCGGCCGUGACAGAGAAGGCUGCCAACAAUAGCUCCGAUGCUUCUACUCCCACUACCAACACCAUAUAG